UCGAGGGCUCUGUCGUCGGCUAGGUUGGCACUGCGAGAAUCCAAUCCAAUCCUAUACAAUCCGGUUCAUUAACACGUGCGCGAUGGCUGUAUCACAACGCAUACUCAAACCAAAAACGCAUCGGGGAAAGCUCGCUCUCGAAAAGCGUGAGCCAAAGAUCACGGAGAAUCCAAAAACUACAAUCUUGAUACGUGGAUCCAGUGCCAACAAUGUUGUCGUGAAAGCCAUGAAGGACUUGCGCUCUUUAAAGGCCCCACACGCAGUUGUCUUUAACAGAAAAAACGAAGCACAACCAAUGGAAGAUGCUGUUCCAAUAGAAAUGAUGAUGCAGAGGACAGACUCAUCUUUAUUUGUUUUUGGAUCUCAUAACAAAAAGCGACCGAACAACUUGAUCCUCGGCAGAACCUUCGACGGCCACAUUCUCGACAUGUUUGAGCUUGGAAUGGACCAGUACAAAGCUCUCGAGGAAUUUAAGGUUGCCAAAGUAGCUUCUGGGAUCAAGCCUCUACUGCUCUUUGCCGGGGAACAGUUUGAGCAAACGAAGGACUAUCAGCGACUAAAAAACUUCCUUAUUGACUUCUUCAGUGGUGAACAAGUUGAUGCUGUCAGUUUACAAGGUUUGGAGCACGUCUUGAUGUUUACGAUGAGUGAAGAAAAGCUUUACGUCCGCAGCUACAAAGUUCUUAUGAAAAAUUCUGGCACAAAAACUCCGCGCAUCGAACUAGAAGAAAUCGGCCCCUCCUUCGACUUGUGUCUUCGAAGGAUGAAAAUAGCGUCGGAUGACCUUUUCAAGAGGGCAAGGAGGCUUCCAAAACAAGCUAAGCCGAAGAAGAAGAAGAACUUUGAGAAGACAGCUCUGGGGACGACAUUGGGUCGCAUCCACAUGGAGAAGCAGGACUUGAGCAAGUUGCAGACGAGAAAAUUGAAGGGACUCAAGAAGACGGCGGAAGAGAGAAAAGCGGCGAGGCAAGCCAAGAAGCAGACGACGGAAGAGACAUCAGAAGACAUUGAAAUGGCUGAUGAAUGAAUGGGCAGCUCGUCGUAGCGCUGCAGGCUGUACAUACAUAUCCUUUUGAAAUACUAUAACGAUAAAAAAAAAUCUCCCUACGUUCCA